GAAAAAACAGAGUGGGGCCGAGAGAAUAAAACAACAAUCUUUAAACUAAACUAAACCCUAACACCAACCAGAUAGGAUUUGCCUUUCGCCAUGGAUGGUCCUCGUGAUGAUCGCAGAACCAACGGCGAUGAUCACAACCACCACGAAGAUGGUAGCCAUUUGUUCAAGAAACCAAAGCUAUCUGCGCCCCGUACUUUCAUUUCUAAAUCUGAAAUCCUUCAAGAAUUCGCCCACCAUCAACAAGGCAUCGUUCGAAUUAACAACGGCAGCUUUGGGAGCUGCCCUGCCUCCAUCAUUGCCGCCCAAAAACGGUGGCAGCUCCGCUUCCUCGAACAACCAGAUGACUUCUUCUUCAACCACCUUCAGAAGCGUAUCCUCCAUUCGCGUAACCUAAUCAAGACUCUCAUAAAUGCUGACCACGUUGACGAGGUAUCUCUUGUAGAUAAUGCCACAACCGGGGCUGCAAUUGUCCUCCAACACGUCGGAUGGGCCUUUGCUGAGGGCCGCUUCCAGAAAGGAGACGCCGUUGUGAUGCUUCACUGUGCGUUUCAAGCCGUUAAGAAAUCAAUUGAGGCAUAUGUGACUCGUGCAGGAGGUUCUGUUAUAGUAGUUCAUCUUCCAUUUCCUGUUAGUUCCAAUGAAGAAAUAAUUGCUAAGUUUCGUGAUGCCUUGGCUAAGGGCAAAGUCAAUGGUAGGAAAAUUAGGUUGGCUAUAAUUGAUCACAUUACUUCAAUGCCAGCUGUCAUCAUUCCAGUAAACAGCCUAGUUAGAAUCUGCAGAGAAGAAGGCGUGGAACAGGUAUUUGUUGAUGCUGCUCAUGCAUUAGGCAGUGUUGAUGUGAACGUUAAAGAAAUUGGGGCAGACUUUUAUGUCAGUAAUUUGCACAAAUGGUUCUUUUGCCCACCUUCAGUGGCCGUUUUGUACUGUAAAAAGUCAGCCAUGGUCUCUGAGUUACAUCAUCCAGUGGUCUCACAUGAAUAUGGAAAUGGACUGGCCAUAGAGAGUGCAUGGAUUGGAACACGAGACUAUAGCUCACAGCUAGUUAUACCUGAGGUGUUAGAUUUUGUUAAUAGGUUUGAGGGUGGAAUUGAGGGAAUUAGGAUGAGGAAUCAUAAUUCUGUUGUUGAAAUGGGAGGAAUGUUAGCCAAGAAUUGGGGAACAAGUCUUGGGUCACCUCCAGACAUGUGUCCUAGCAUGGCUAUGGUUGGCUUGCCUGCAUGCUUGGGAAUUCUGACUGCAGACGAUGCUUUAAAUUUGAGAACACUUUUGAGAAAUCGUUUUAUGGUGGAAGUCCCGAUUCAUUAUCAGGGAUCAGAAGAUGGGGAGUCAAAUGGAAACACUGAUGAGAUUGGUUGUGUUACAGGAUAUGCCCGAAUUUCUCAUCAAAUUUACAAUACAGUUGCUGAUUACUUCAAGCUGAGGGAUGUAAUUAAUCAACUUGUGCAUGAAGGCUUUACUUGCAAGGCCCUUUCUACCUAAUAAGAGGUACUGUUUACCUUCAGCAUAGCAUCGGCAUUUGCCAUUGAGUUUCUUUAUCACAUAUUGUUUCAGAUGGAGACUUGAUUAUAUUAAUUUCCUACUGCAGUAGUCAUGUUGUUCUUGCUACAAUAAUAUGUACAUUUUAAGUCCGUUUGGUUGCAGUACAUACUUUGUUGUUAUCCUC